AUGGCGCGCCGACAUGCCUCACCCGCGCCUGAGAGCCAGCAGAUGCUUUCACUCAGUCGUCUUCUCGAGAAGCCAAAGAAAGAUGACACCCAGAUGCAGGAAUUCCGUGCCACGAUAAAUGCCGAUCAGAAGAACGAGAAGGAAGCAGAGCGCCGUCGCGAAGAACUCACCUCCACCAUCUUCGAAGCCCUGCAAACCCCCAACCGACCAGCAAAGGGCAAGCCCGAAACCUUCGCAGGCACACAAAUUGCAGGCAACGCAGUCUACACCUCCGUCACCAGCGUCCUACGCGCAUCCGAGGCCCUCGUCAACGAAUACCAAAGACUAGACGGCAUGAUUGCGAAACUACGAGAAGAGCAGCCCGAUACUAUCGCAGACACAUGGAAGCAGGACAUCGAGGACACGGACAAGCAGCUCAAGAAGGGCGCGAGAGUUGCGCUGAGGAAUGUCAAGAAGGUGCUGGGAGCUGAUGUGGAGGACUCUAUGAUGACAGACGAAGAUGGCGAUGUGGAUAUGGAGGGAGGCGAGAAGGUUGAGCUGAACUAUGAGCUGCAGAAGAGUCUGAGGUAUGCGGAGAGGGAUGUCGAAGAACUUCAGAAGAAGAAGCAGUCGGACAUGAUGCGCUUCUUGAUGCGCGUUCGCCUUCGCCAACUUAAGGUCAUCCACCGCGCAAGCCGCCCCUCGCGCCCCGACAAGGCCCGCCGUCUCGGAUACAAGGCCAAGCAGGGUUACGUUAUCUACCGCAUCCGCGUCCGCCGUGGAGGUCGCAAGAGGCAGGCUCCCAAGGGCGCCACCUACGGAAAGCCUACCAACCAGGGUAUCAACCAGCUCAAGUACCAGCGCUCUCUCAAGUCCACCGCUGAGGAGCGUAUCGGCCGCCGCUGCGCCAACUUGCGCGUGCUCAACUCCUACUGGAUCAACCAGGACUCGACCUACAAGUACUACGAGGUCAUCUGCGUCGACCCCCAGCACAAGGCCAUCCGCCGCGAUCCUCGCAUCAACUGGAUCACAAAGGCCGUCCACAAGCACCGCGAGGCUCGUGGUCUCACCGCCACCGGCAAGAAGAGCCGUGGUCUCGGCCGUGGACACAAGUUCAACAACACCACUGCUGGAAGGAGGAAGACCUGGAAGAGGCACAACACCCUCUCCCUCUGGCGCUACCGUUAA